AUGCGCGAAUUCCAACCAACCAUUCUCCUUCUCUUCGUAGCAUGCACCCUCUUCACCGAGGUUUACGCCGGCCAUACAGCCUACUGCACCGCCAACCGCAAUGGUACAGGUCCAGCCGUGUACCGGACCACCAAAGACUGCUGCGCGGCCACUCGCGAGCACUCAACCACCGCCUUCAACGAGGCCACUCACACCUGCCAGGACGCUCUCGGACUCGGCAACGGCAUCAACAUCGGUAGAUUCGCUCGUUGCUGCGAUAGCCGCGGCGGCGGCAGCCACAGCAACGGCUAG